AUGUCAGAAAAAGUAGAGAAACCUGUUGAAAAGACUGCAGCUCAAAAAAUUUCAAAGUUUGGUUCCUUCAUAGCAGGUGGUUUAGCAGCAUGUUUUGCUGUUACUGUCACAAACCCUGUCGAAGUUGUUAAAAUUAGAAUGCAACUGCAAGGUGAAAUGUCAGCAGUAGGUGAAAAUAUCUAUAGAAAUCCCUUCCAAGGUAUUGUUGUUACUUUUAAAAAUGAAGGUAUCAGAGGUUGCCAAAAAGGUUUGAUCUCUGCCUAUAUUUAUCAAAUUGCAUUAAAUGGCUCUAGAUUAGGGUUUUACGAACCAAUUAGACUAACAUUAAAUAAAUAUUUGUAUCCGAAUCAAGAGAGUCACCAUAUUCAAAAUGUGGGUGUUAAUGUGUUCUCAGGUGCUUUCUCAGGUAUUAUUGGUGCAGUCAUUGGAUCUCCAUUAUUUUUAGUUAAGACAAGAAUGCAAUCUUAUUCCACAGCUGUUCAAUUGGGUGAUCAAACCCACUAUACCGGUGUUUGGAAUGGGUUAUCAACAAUUUACAAACAGGGUGGUAUUGGAGGUCUUUUUAAAGGUGUAGAUGCCGCCAUUUUAAGAACUGGUGCAGGUUCCUCAGUUCAAUUACCAAUUUACAAUACAGCCAAAAAUUUCUUAUUGAGACAUGAUAUCAUGGAAAAUGGACCACAUCUACAUUUGUUAGCUAGUACUAUCUCUGGGCUAGGUGUUGCAGUCGUGAUGAAUCCUUGGGAUGUCAUUCUAACAAGAAUAUAUAAUCAAAAGACUAACAAAUACAAAGGUCCUAUCGAUUGUUUAAUGAAGACUGUUAAAAUUGAAGGCCCAAUGGCUUUGUAUAAGGGGUUCCAAGCUCAAGUAUUUAGAAUUGCACCACAUACAAUCUUAUGCUUAACACUUAUGGAACAGACUAUGCAUUUAGUUUACUCUAUUGAAAAGAAAGUCUUGGGACAUGAUUAG